CUGGAGUUCACACACACUCACACACUCACUCCCAGACACAGGCGUGCUCUCAGUCUCCCUCCCUCCCUCUCUCUCUCUCUCUCUUUGUGCUCGUUGCGUGUUUCAAAACCUGAAGCUGAAGGAACGCUCAGGUUCUUCUGUGGACACCAUCUUUCAGACGUGGAUUAUGAUGGCUUUGAGGCUUGGACCUUUGGACAUUUUUGUUUCCUGACUUCUCUUCCUGGAAAGCCAGUGUACUAAAAGGACUGACCCUCUUAUUGGGCAGAGAGGAAAAAGCAACAUCCUCUUGGAUUGAGUGGAAAACCUCCUGGAAUACCAGUACCCUAAACGGACUGACUCUUCGCCUGUUUGUUUGGAUUGUGUUUGGGUGGAUUGUUGUCAUCAUGCCGAUUCUGAAGCAGCUUGUGUCCGGCUCGUCUCAGUCCAAGCGCCGUUCCCGGGCUGAUCUGACGGCUGAGAUGAUCAGCGCUCCGCUGGGAGAUUUCCGCCACACCAUGCACGUGGGUCGGGGUGGCGAUGCCUUUGGAGACACUUCCUUCCUGAGCAGCCGGUCCGGAGAACCGCCUCGGGACUCGCAACCCCAGCAGAUUUCGCCCAAGCAGGGCCUGCUGUCCCGCACCUUCAGGAGCAGCAAGCGUUCACAGUCUGUCAAUCGCCCGGACAAGAACGAAAACACCAAAACGCCGCCCUCUAGUGGCUCGCCUGGUUACGUGAAGACGGCCAUCUCUCUUCCAUACCUUAACAACGAGGAUACAAACCAGGCCAGUAGAGGAGAAGGACCCAACCUGCCCAAGAGUGUCUCUUCCAGCCCAGUCAAGAUCCUUUCAGAAGUUGACCAAAAGCUGGCCAGUUUUGCAGACAGAAGUGACCCGGAGCUGGAUGAGCACAACUUCGGCGUGCUGACAGACCUGCCCGUGUCGUUGUCACCCCCUUGUGGUGGCGGGAUGAAGCAUGCCGAGUCCAUCCUUUCGUUCCACGUGGACCUGGGUCCCUCCAUGCUUGGAGACAUUCUCGGUGUCAUGGACAAGAAGGUGUGGGAUGAAGCUGACUUUGGCUAUGAGGACGAUCACGGCUCGCCCGCAUCCCGUCCAGUCAGAGAGCCCAAGGAGGUGAAGGAGGCGGAGUCUCCAGUGCAUCUGCCCAAUCUUCAAAGCCGAAACGAACAGCAGCAUCUGGACAGUUGCUCCAUGUCCAGCUCGGAAUCCGUGGAUGAAAAGCCCAACAGCCAUAAUACGGAUAUCAAGAACAGAGCCACGGAUGACAGGGAUUUCACCUACAUGGACGAGGAUGACGACGACGAGAUCAGAGUCUGAAGACACAUGGAAGGAUUGAGAAGUUCGGAAUGUGAUUUUUGAUGGUUGCACUUGGGAAAACCGUAUAAACUGGAUAAGUGACUUGGGGGCCACGUCAGACUGGACAAGCUGUUGACUGUAGAAGGUGGAGGGCGGAAGGUUUCCUGUGUUACAGGAAUGGUUUGGUGAAAAAUCUAAUUUACACAAUAUUUUUCUCCCUUACCCCAAAUGUGCUCAGUCAGCCAAGACAUGCUGGUGUCUGAGGUGUGUUUCUUUGGUUUUAGCGCCGGCGCUAGAAGGCUAAUGUAGCUAACGGGUUAUGGGCCGUGCCAAUCAGCAUGGUUCUGAGUUGAGUAAUCUAAACUUGCUUAUGUGGUUUCCGGUAUUCUGUGUCUGUAAAAUGGACAUGUUUACGUUUUAAUUCACGGUUAAAGUUGCGUUAAGCCACUAUGUAGUUUGGUCAGUAUUUCCAGUCAAAAAAUUAAUGAAGGCAACUUCGGACACCAAACAUGUCUUGGCUGGUCAACUUCAUUUGUGGUCAGAAGGGGGAAUAAGUGAGGGAUUAUAGCCAAACUGUUGCUUCAAGAAGAGACCAUGUGGAGGAACUAACACUACAGAUCUCAGCACUAGAGUUCUUCACUCUAGAACCUGUUCCAGGAAUACCGACUGUCCAUUACAGGUCUGUUUAAUGAUUGAGAGUCUGUUUUAAAUGUACAUAGUGACCGCAGAGUGCAGUAACUGAGCUGAGAUGUUCAGGAGACACAAAGUGCUGGAUGAAAACUCUCAACACGCAAACACUCGCGACCUCCCGUGACCUCCGCCUGGCCACGUUAACAGCUCCUCGGCCUCAUCGCUCCGUCUGCCGAUCGUCUUCCCACCGCUGCCUUAAAUCGGGAGCUUCCUGUGUUUGACAUUCAGUCUCAGAGCUUUACCGUUUUCACACUAAACUGAAACCAUCAGCUUUUUGCACAGCCGUGUCAGAGUUCUCACCUUCAUCUAGAACCGUUCUCAUCCCCCUUCUGCUCCUAUGUGAGUGUGUAAAAAUGACCUCUUCUAAAGAGAAAUCAUUUAAAAACUAGUCAGUGUCUCUAAUAUUUCCCCUUUUUGGGAUGCACUCUUAGGAAAGAGGGUUCUGUUCAGCAGAACCUCUUUAUAGUGCUAUAAAAAAGAUGGUUCCUCAAGGGUUCUGUAGUAAAGAAAACGGUUCUAUAUAGAAACAAAAACACUCAUUUGCAUGCUUAAAUGCUUCUUGCAGAGAACCUUUUGAGCAUGCAAAGGUAAAACCAGAAUCUAUAGAACCAUUGCCUUUACUUAAGAACCCUUGGGUCUUUUUUAAGAGCUCGUUUUUAAAAGAACUUCUUUAAAGAAAGAACCAUAUAUAACAAGUCCGUCAUUGUGCCAAGUAAUAUUCAUGCAGGCAGAUGGUUCUUUUGAGUGUUCCUGGUUCUAGAAAACCACUGCCUUUACUAAAGAACCCUUGGAAGAACCACUGUUUGUUAAGGGCGGAUAACAGCGCUGUGCAACUGUUCAACCCAUUUCUACUCAUUUCUACACGUUUUAUGUAGAGAACUGAUCUCAUUCCUUUGGCAGAUGCUGCUUUCAAGCUUUGCUUCUUUAAUCAGUUCGUCUGAUUCUCAUCUAGUGUUGUGUUUAUCCAGUUUUCCAGGAUAAAAUGACUUAAAAAGGAUGAAAAAUGUGUAGAAAUAAGCUAAAUAAUCAUGUGCUAUUCUUACAUCAGCCUCAUCAUGGGAUUUAUUAGACACGUUGACUGGAUUUAAGACAGUUGUAUCUAACAAGACGUCAUCAUGUACAGUGUGUGCAGAUCUGAGAGUUUGGUGGAGGAUCUCCUGUAAGGUCAGACGCAGGUCUGAUCCAGAGAGGGACUCUGGUAGAGAAUGAAUGACCAACAGGGUUCUAGCAGCAGUGAGGGGUGUGGUUUACUGUGCAAACAGCGCAGAGCCACUCAGAAGAUUGGAGUCACUGUUUUCAGGACAUACGAUCGAACAUGCGCAUUGACUCUAAUACGAGUCUAAUAAUCUAUAGAAUUCAAAGCUGUAGUUUCCGAUGAUGAGCAGAGCUGCAGAUGAUUCGAUAAUGAUUAAGAAAGCUGGACAUCAUAGAUAAUAUAACCUUAUAAUAACAUUAAUAUGCAGAAUGACUCAUAAUUGAGAAGCAGUGACCAAACUAGCUACUCAUACACUCUUAAACAGGAUUAGACUAAAGACUAUGGUUCCAUAUAGAACCAUGAACAUGGUUUUGUGCUUGGUGAAAUGGUUCUUCAGAUUAGUGGAGUGUGUAUUAUGUGAUUCUAAAAUAGAGCCUUUUUGAAAAUGGUUCCAUUUAGCACCAAAAGCGAUUCUGCUGCUGUUGUGGUGUCAAGCUUGUAACAGCGGAAGGACCCUAUUUGGUGCUAUAUAGAACCCAUUCUCCAUCAAUCUGAAGAACGUCUAUAUGGGUCUAUAUGGAAAUCGUGGUUCUGAAUAGACUCAUUCUUUACUAAAGAACCCUUGAAGAACCGUCUUUUUUGAGAGUAUAGUAGUUACGGGGCUAUUUACUUUAUUAUUUAAUAAAAUUAGUUCUUUUUUUUAACCAGAACUACAAAUUAUUCCUAGAAUUGUUAUCCAAAACUGUCAGUUUAUCUUUUGAUGUCAUCUGUCUACGACAUGUGAUUCCAAACUGUUGAAGUUUGGUGUCGAAGUGCCUGUGUUUUGGGGAAGUGGGGCUGAUUUGAGUUUGAUGAUAAGUGGUUAAAUACAGCUUAUAAGGAUGCAUACAGGUGUAGAGCAGAGACGGUCAGAUGCUCUUGUGUGGUUGAACGUUUAGGGUGUAGUUUUUUUGUUGUUAGUCGUGAUUUUUAGGGAUGAGCAUCAUCGAAGCAGACAGUUCACCAGCUGCAGUUACUUUAGCAUCGGUUCACUCUCAAAAAAUGAAGCAGUGCGUCCCGUUUCAGGGGCCGCGUCCUUCAGAGGCUGCAUUUGAAGGCCAAUUGUGUCACAGUGGCGCAACUAGGCCGUCCCAUUUCGAAGGCUCCUUCAUAUGCGGCCGAGAAAUGUGUCCUCCUUUUCCACGUCAACGAAGGAUCCUUCGCCAGCUGACAUAUCCCGAGGUUCCUGCGUUUCAGCAAGGAUUUGAGAACAUUGUGGCGUCAGUAGAGAAGCGAACGUCGGCUGAAGAGACACUUUGAAAUAUAAGUAUUAGGUUUAAACUCUCCAACUCGAUAAUAAAAACAAACAACUAAAAUCAAAGUUUCUGGCAUCUUUAAAGAACUUUACAAUAACUUGAUAAGAGCAGUGUUUCAUGAUGCAGAGGUGAGGGCAGAAACAGGGUCUAAGCAGCCUUCGAAGGACACGCCUUCGUAGACUGCGUCCUUUGAAGGAUCCAGCCCCUGAAUUGGUACACACUGAAGGUGCCAAAAAGACGGACCAGUUUUGGCUCCCUGAAGAACCUUUCAAAUGUGCCUUUGAACCAAGGCCACAUUUGGUGCCCUAAUUCCUUUCAGUUUAGUGCUUUUAAUUGAGGUUUUUAAGGCAGUUGAAAUGUUCUUUACUGAACUUUUCUCAACUUUUCACUCCUCUUUGGAGUGAUGCAGUAGAAGAACCACUUUCGGUUCCUGUCAGAGGACGGUUGUUAGCUGAGUUAUCCUCCAGCUGCUGCAGCAUGGCUGAAGAUACUCUAAGCAGGUGAAAUAAGUGAAAACACCAUGAGUUAAAUCAGUGAACAUACUAAACGGCGCUGGAUCUGGCCGUCUCACAUGUUCUGGCCGUCUCCAAGGUUCUGCCUGUGCUCUUGCUGCUGCUGAUUUAGAAGACGGGCUCAAACUCAUCGUCACGCUGGACGUCCUGUCUUUACCUUCUGUAUUUAUCCAAAUGUUCUGAACUUUAUUCCUGGGGAGCGUCCACAAAGCAGUUAGCCAGAUAAUUUAAACCUGAGUCUGUCCACUAGGAGAGGAUGUCGUGGAUGUUCAUACUAGACAAACCUCAUUUUGGGCUCAAGAUGACCAGCUAAACUGGGAAAUCCAGCCUCUACAGUCUGAAUCUGCAGGAUUUUCCAUUUAACUUAAACCCCAAAAUCAGGUCUGUCCAGAAGGAGGAAACACAACGCACAUCUCUACUGGACAAACCAGCCAAGCUGAGAAAUCCGGAAGAUGAUGUAUUAUAUAACGCCUUUGUUUCUGAAGCUUUUUAUGUAAAACUAUAUAUCUAUAUAAAACUGUCAAUCAGUUCUGUGAUCACAGUGAGGUACAGACUUCAGCCAAUCAGGGGACAGAUUGGUUCUGUAAAGGCUUCAUUUACUUCUGUAGAUUCUGUUCAGUAAAUCUCUCAGUUUAUA